AUGUCAGAACCGAAGACAGAAGCUAAACAAGAGGCCACAACAGAAGCUAAACAAGUGGUUAUAGAAGAAAACACAGAAGCUCCUCUAAAGUACAAGAAAUGGGUCUUGAAAGUCUCGGUUCAUUGUGAAGGGUGCAAGAAGAAAGUCAAAAAGAUUCUGAAUAACAUAGAUGGUGUGUACACCACAGAUGUUGAUCUAAGGCAACAAAAAGCCACGGUGAUAGGGAAUGUUGAUGCAGAUACUUUAAUCAAGAAACUAAUAAAAAAGACAGGGAAAAAUGCAGAGCUGUGGCCUGAAAAAGCUGAUAAAAAUCAGAAAGGGAAAAAGAAAGGAAAAGCAAAAAACAAAGAGAAAGAGAAAGAGAAACAAAGUGACCAAGAAAGCAGCAGUGAAGAAGGCGGUGAUGGUGAAAAUGAGAAAGGAGAUACAGUCAAGACUGAAGUAGUAAAAAUUCAAGACCGUUCUCCUAAAAAAAGUGAAAAUGGCAGUGCUGGUCCUGUUGUUAUUGGCAAAGCAAGUGAAGGUGGUGGUGUUCAAGUCAAGGAAGUAAAGAUCAGUGAGGUUAGUGCUAAGCAACCUGUUACAUUACCGGCCGGCGGGAAGUCACCGGUGGCUGACAAGAAAGUUGGUGGGGAAAGUGAGGUUGUAGCUGAAAAAAGUGGUGCAGGUGGGGGUAGUGUUGGUGGUGGCAGUAGCAGUAAAAAGAAGAAGAAGAAGAAGAAGGGGAAUCAAGGGAAUAACAAUAGUAACAGCAAUGGUGAUGAGGGUAACCAAUCUGGUCAUGCACCAGCAGGCACUGGAUCACCAAUUCAUGGGCAUGUUCAAGUCCAAAUCCCACAUCCUGCCAAUCAAAGACCUUCACGUUAUCAUCGCGUGUAUGACUACCCAGCAACAACUUACUAUGCACCCCCAGUGUAUGCUGCGAGUAGCAAUGUUGCAUACCCUAGUACUAGUUAUGGUGCCUCGUACUAUGCCCCACAGCAUUCCUACGCCUAUGUGCACGCCGGUACCCAUCCCCAUCCGGGUGCGAUGAGCGAACCUCCACCGUCCGAUUUCGAUUCAUAUCCAUCACAGCCGUCCGAUUCGUUCGAGAUUUUUAGUGACGAAAACCCUAAUGCAUGCUCAAUCAUGUGA